UCCAAAGAAAUUAUAUCAUAUAGGAUGAAAAUGGAAUCCUUUAGCUCUAAACGGUUACACCAAUUUCCAGACAGAAGUUUGGGAAUGGAAUCAAUUAACCAAUUCAUUCUUUGGAGGUCAAGAUCAAUAGCAAAUGAAAUUCCAUGUUUGAUUUCGGAUAUACGAAUAGCAUUGGAAUCUAAUAUAUUGAAAGAAAAAGUUUUGAUUUCAAUAGAAAAUUCAAACCCAUUCACAUGCCUUCUCCGCUGCAAGCCUCUAUGCUUAGAAAAAGAUGUGGCUUCUCCAGAUCGAGCUCUCGGUCUCUCAUCUUUUUAACCAAGCUCUGCAUAGGUUCUGAUGUGAAUCCCGGUUAGUGUCCCAGAUCUGCGUCCCUGCAAUUGGAACAACGAAAGAACCGAAUCGAAGAGUAGAGGUGCCACUGUCUAUAGACCGUCUAAUACCUCCUGAAGAAGACCCUGUGCCAACUUCUCCAUUGGCGUCGACGAGUUGCUGAGCGAUUGGAGAGGAGCUUGUAGUGACCUUUGUUGCGCCUAUCUCCCCUUGCUUUCCCGCUAAGCUGUUGCUGUGUACACAUUUUGUAUACAACAAUUAAGAAUUGCCAUUAAAGCAAUCGCUGAAAAUAAAGGGUGAGGAAGUCGGCCGAUUCUCAAAAUGUUGUCAUCAACUCUACUAGUAAUCCAGUCAUGCAUUGCACGAGAUGUAAUUUAUGAUUAUUAUACAUGUGAACAAACAUACUUAUGAAUCUAUUCAUCAAUAAGUAGGAUUAAUGUAUAAGUUAACCAAUGAAUUGGGGAAUUCUUAGCUAUAUACGAAGUGAUAUCUAUAAGCUAAUAAGCAUGAAUGAGAGUUAGGGUAUUAUGGGUGUGGAAAAAUUUGUUGAUGGUAUCAUAAGCUUAGUUGACAUGUACAACAUGUUUUUUAAAGGAAAACUA